UCCACCUGCUGCAUCAGGAUUUGGAAGCACUAUCGACACACGGAGCGGAUCAGCCUGUUGAGUCUGUUCCAGAGAAAUGAUCUCGAUGGUGAAGGCUGCAAGGCAAGAUGUUGUGCUUUUGAGGACACCUUCUGAGCUUACUGAAAAAUAGAGGCAGUUAAGAGAAGGACUCACCUAAAGAGGGUCCAGUCAGAGUCACUGCUGCCAAACUGAAGUAAACAGAGCUAUUAUGGUUCUGCAUCUUUCAACCUCGAAGCAAGUCGGCAAACAAGGCAAAAUGUAUAUGCCUGAAGUCAUCAACACUACUGAAUACAUAAAGUAUUACAGAACAUAUGGAUAUUCUCUUGCUUGUCGUCAUGAAGAGAGGCCGACUUUUUCUUGAAGCAGCAUAGAAAUUGUUCAGGCUUGGGUCUUAACUGCUUCUGCCUUGCCAGCUUUACAGAAGUUAUCUCUUCAGAUCACUUUGGAUCCACCAACAGUUUUAUCACUUUGGCACUGAAGGGAUCUACCUAUUUGAAAAGUAAACCAUGGAAGUUUACACAGCAUCUACAACUCCGGUACUUUGCAACGGAUCAUGUUUGUACAAUCAAAACAAAACUCUUUCGGACAAAUCAGAACACCAGCAAUAUGUUAUAGGUCUUUUUUUGUCAUGCCUUUACACAAUAUUCCUUUUUCCUAUUGGCUUUGUUGGGAACAUCCUUAUUUUGGUGGUAAAUAUCAGUUUUCGGGAAAAGAUGACUAUUCCAGACCUGUACUUUAUAAACCUUGCUGCAGCAGAUCUAAUUUUAGUGGCUGACUCCCUCAUUGAAGUUUUCAAUCUUGACGUAAAGUAUUACGAUAUCACAAUCAUUUGUACUUUUAUGUCUUUGUUCCUUCAAAUCAAUAUGUACAGUAGCAUAUUCUUCCUAACAUGGAUGAGCUUUGACAGAUACAUAGCCCUGGCAAAAGUAAUGAGGUCCAACCUAUUUCGUACGAUGGAACAUGCCAGGUUAAGCUGUGGCCUCAUCUGGCUGGCAUCUAUCUCUGCCACAUUAGUUCCCUUCACAGCUGUGUAUCUGCAACACACCGGAGAGGUUUCCUUCUGCUUUGCGGAUGUAAAAGAAAUCCAGUGGCUCGAAAUAACGUUAGGGUUUGUCAUUCCAUUUGCUAUCAUUGGCCUUUGUUAUUCAUUAAUUGUUCGAGUCCUGGUUCGAGCCCACAAGCACCGAAGUCUGCGCAUACGCCGACAGAAAGCGCUUCGCAUGAUUGUGGUUGUUGUCCUUGUCUUCUUCAUCUGCUGGCUUCCUGAAAAUGUCUUCAUAAGUGUACAGCUUCUCCAAAAGACAGACCAAAGCGCAUUGAGGAGUCAGUCUUUCAGACACAAUCACCCUUUAACGGGACACAUUGUGAACCUUGCCGCCUUCUCCAACAGCUGUUUGAAUCCCCUUAUCUACAGCUUCCUAGGCGAAACUUUCAGAGACAAACUAAAACUGUACAUUGAACAGAAAACCAAAGUGUCAAUUUUACACCGCUUUUGUCAUGCUACCUUGAAAUCGGUCAUUACUGACAGCGCUGAGCAAUCGGAAGUUUAAUUUAACCUGCGUCAAAGGUACCAUGACGGACCUUGAGACAAUGCUUACUACUAACAGAAAAAUUGUGCAUUUGCCAUAUAGACAGAUUUGUACUCUAUUUUUAUGAGAAUAUGUAAAAGGUUACAUAUUAUUCAGAUCUCAUUAAGUCUGCAUAGGAAUAAAAGGCUCAUGGAAGGUUGAAUCUGUAUAGUUACAAAUAAUAAGAUACCAGAAAUAUUAAUGAAAGAAGGAUCUGACUAUAAUAGAAUUAUCCAAUGCUGUUAGUUUUCUUGCGUAUGUCGGAUGCCCUGAACAGAACAAAACAAUAA